CAUCGCGAGACCCGGCAACCCGGCGAGACGCCGACUUGACAAAAAGUUUUUGAACCGCGUGGUUGCGAGUCAGUCCUGUGUAAAUUGUUGACUAGGCGGGAAGAUUCUCAUCAUGAAGCUCAAGAAGACUCAAGGUGCACCUGCAAAGCCAUCUAAGGUCGGCAAGGAAAAGAAGCUGCAGAAGGCGAAUGACAAUGACGGAGAUGUGGAGUCGGACACAGAAGACUACGUUAAAGUUUCCACAAUGCCAAACAAGAAGCCGAAGAUCCCAGCACCUGAGGCAGACUCUGAAGAGGAUGACCUUGAGGUAGAUGAUGAAGAUGUUGACGAUGAGGAUGAUGAACUGGAUGAAGACAGCCUUGAUGAUGAUGAGCUAGAUGACAGUGAGGGCCUAAGUGGUGAAGAUGACGAUGAAGUGCCUCAGUUGGUGGCAGCUGGAAAGGCCAAAGCCAAGCAAAAGAAUGCAGCAAAACAAGUUUCUUUAGAAGAAGGGAGCGAGGAUGAUGAUGAUGAAGACGAUGAGAGUGACCUGGAAGAUGAGGAGGAUGAUGACGACGACGACGACGACGACGAAGAUGAGGAGGAAGAGGAGGAAGUAACCAUCAAGGUCAAGAAGCUAUCCAAAGCACCGCAGGCCAAACGUAAAGCAGAUGAGGGGCCCACAGAGCAGACAAGCAAGAAAGCCAAGCAAGGAGAUGGCAUUCCAAGGUCACUGCUCAUGGACGUAGAUGAAUACGACAAGUUGUUCCUGUAUGUGGGCAAUCUCCCAAAAGGCUGCGCUGUUGAGGAAGUGAAGGACCUGUCCCCCGACAUUGUCAGUGUGCGAACGAAUGUCAAAUUGGGCGAGAAAUUGUCAUUUGCUUUCGUGGAGUUCAAAAAUGAAGCGGAUGCUGAUCGCAACUUCAAGCGCCUGCAAAAGGCCAGCCUGCGAGGCCAUCCUCUGAGAGUGGGCUACCGUGGUGCCAAACGUGCUGACCUGCCUUCUAACUGGCGAGAGGUUCAGAACGAGCUUUGUGUGUAUGGCCUGCCCCAAGGAUUAUCACAGCAUCGGGUGGCCAGGCUCUUUCCCACUGCCACCAACGUUUCCACCAUGGCUUUCUACACCUUGGUGACCUUUGAGAGCAAGGAUGCAUUGCUGGCUGCCCUCAAGAACAACGCAUGCCAUUACAUGGAUGGGCAUCCACUCAAGUUCUCCUACCGCCUAAAGCCUGCUGGUGAAGGUAAGAAGAAGAAGAUCAAAAGGAAGAAGAGGAAAGACAGGCAGCAGCAAGUGAAGCGUGGCAAUUUGUCCGAUUCCAAGCCUGGCAAAAGCACUCCGGAAAUGUCUGAAAGAAAACAAAUCUCAAGAAUGUCUGAAAGAAAACAAAACACAGUGUCUGGAAAAAAGCCAUUUGAGAAGCAAGGAGGCAAACCUGCGCAUGCAAAGACAUCCAAGGCCAAGUUUGAUGCUAAGCGCAAAGAGGUGAAAAACACUGCUGGAUCUGCAAAGCAGAGAAAAGUUUAAAAGCAGUGAAGUGCUAAAUCAUUUGUGGCACAAAAUAGAAAAGUGCUCCACAGCAUCGUCAUUUCUGCAGUUCAGCAAAAUGAAGUUGCAGUACACAUUGAGUUCAGUGUGAAAAUGAAAAAGGUGGGACCUAUGCUGCAUCUUAAUGGGAGACACAUACUGCUAUUCAAAUAAUGUUCAUCAUUUUUUUUCAUCAAUAUUAAUAAAGUUUUCCAGUCUUAA